AUGAGACUCACAGCGACACUCAGCUCGGCCGAGCUCUUAUUAUUCGCCAUCGCUGGCAUAGUAGUCAACGCAACAGAGACCGAAGAAGACCGCGGCCUGGAUAAUUUUCUUCGUAUCCGACCUGACCUAUCCAACGCCCUCAACCCUCAAGAAAACGGCAACAGGGGCGAUGAUACUGGUGUGAAUGAGCCGGCGGAACCGCGUAGGGGUUUAGGAGGACAGUUGGUGGUUGAUCCGAAUAUUAAAAAACAGCAGAUGGAUAUUGAAUGUGUAGAGGCAUGUGAUCCGACAGAUCAGGGAUGUCGCGCAAAAUGUCUGGGCGUUCCUGGUGGCAGCAAGAGCGGUGGGAAGGGCGUGUUGGGAGGGAAAAAAGAAAGAGAUAGUGGUGAGGAGGGCGGAAGCGGAUUGCCGAUUGGUUGGAGGAAGAAUAAGGCUGUGGAGAGUGGCAGCAGCAGCAGCAGCGGUGCGGUGAAAGUGGGUGGACGUGGCUUUGAGGCUGGGGCUGGGGUUUUGGAGUUGGUGGGGAUUUUUGGUGGCAUGGUACUUGUUCUAGGAUGCCCAUGGUAG